AUGGCGAGGCGAGGCGAGGCGAUUGCUGAAUGCUUGUCUGAAUUGCAAUCUGAAUCUCAUGAAAAUCAGCAGAAAGCUCUGCUAACUUUGGUUUCCAUCACAAAGGUGAGUCCUCAAAAUCGAAACUUGUUAGCGCAAACAAAGGGUGUUGUUUCUACCUUGCUCAGCUUAUCGAUGUCUCCAUCAUCAACUACUAUUCAACUUCUCGCGCUCUCAGUUCUAUUCAAUCUCUCACUCAAUCCUAAUCUCAAGCAAACUCUAGCAGACAUGGAGAAAAUCCUGUUUCUCAAUUCGGUGAUCCUGUCUUCGACUUCAGCUGAACCAAGUAGGAUAGCAGCUUCACUUCUAUGUAGUUUGGCAAUGUUAGAUAAGAACAAGGCAAAAUUUGGCGUGGCUGGAACGGUUGAGGCUCUCGUUAAGGUCAUAUCGAGGCCACGAGGCCCUGCUUCUCAUCAUUUCCUGAGUACAUUAGCUGAAUUGGUGCAGUUUCAUGGGAAUUGCACAGUGGCUGUUCGAUCAGGGGCAGUUCCGGUGCUGAUCAAGUUGGUGGAAGAUUCUGAUUGCCAGGAUCUUGCUGGAACAUCAUUGGCGAUACUAUGCUUGCUUGCGAGGUUUGAAGAGGGACUCACUGCCUUGAAAGAGAUGGAUAAAAUCGUGGCAUUACUAAUCGAAAUUUUGAAGGGGAAGUGUACGUUGAGUAAAGAGGGAGCUGCUGAUAUUCUACUCCGUUUAUUCGAUGAAAGUGAGGGAUGCAUACGAGAUGCUUUGAGGCUGCCUGAGUUUUCAUCUGUGCUAGCUGAUCUCUCGGUUCGAGGGUCUGUGAUAGCCCGAGAGAAGGCUAGUUUACUCAUGAAGAAACUAAUGGAAGCUAACAUGGAUGUUGUUUAUGGUGAUACUGGCAACAAAACAGCUGCAUAUUUGCAAUGGAUUUAA